GGACCGUGCCGUCCUCUGCCGGAGGCUCCUCCUAAUGGUACAGACUGCAGCGGGAAGUGGGCCAAAGACUGGAAGGGGAAGGAGGCUCCUGAGAGUGCGGACCCGGCCUUCACUGGCGGGUACGAGGAGAUCUCGGACCGUGAUGCAGAGGAGAAGCCCAGCCUGCCACCCAGGAAGGAGUCCAUCAUUAAAUCAGAAGGCGAGUUACUGGAGAGGCAGAGGCCUCCCCCCAAGCCCCCGGGCAUGAUUUUGCCCAUGAUCCCACCCAAGCAGUCGGCAACCCCAAAGGACAUCAAGAAGCCCGAGCUGAAACCAGAGAAGGGCAAACUCUUCCAGCUGAAAAAUGAAAUGGGACUGGAAUGUGGACACAAGGUGUCGGCCAAAGAGGUGAAGAAGCCAAACCUCCGGCCCAUUGUCAAGCCAACUAAGCCAAAAGCUGAGCCCGUGGAGGACAAGCCUGAGCCCAUCACCCAGAAUCCAUUCUUGAAGUCAAGACCUCAGAUCAGGCCAAAGCCUGCUGCAGCCCCCCGGACUGAUCCACCUCCAGCUGAUGAUAAGCUGGAUAUCUGCAGCCUGCGGAGCAAGCUUCGACCUGCAAAGUGCCCAGAGAAAACCUCCGAGCCGGACACUGCUUCUGGUGAAAGCUCCUUCAAUAACACCAUGGUCUCUUCGGAGGUUCCUGGAAGGUUUCAGGAGCGACCAAACAUGGAGAGCAAACCCCUGCCCAAGCUGGACAGCCAUACCAUGAAAGAGGCUCUGCCCAAAUCUCCCCUGGCCCCAGCAAACACCCCGGGUGCCAGGGAGCCCCCACCGCAGCGCCCUGUUGUGCCACCCCGCAGACCACCCCCACCAAAGAAAACGGGGGGUUCUGCCUCCAGCCCUGCAGCAGAGCUCAAGGCCCCAGCACGGGAAACGCCUGAAAUCAGGUCAUCGCCAGUGCCGGGGAGGCCAAUGCUGGUUCCUCCGAAAGCCAAGCCGUUCCUGUCUGCUGCCAUCCAAGAUGAAGCCAAAGCGAAAAGCAGCAUAAACCCAAAGGUCAUAUCCAAGCCAGUGGAGAGAGGAGAAGCCAAGGAGAGGACCUCAGCCCCUGUCUCCAGUGCGGACAUCUCCAGGGAAGCUCUCUAUGUGGCAGUGGCGGAUUUUGAAGGUGACGAGGAGACCAACAGCUUUAAAGAAGGGACUUUGUUUGAAGUUCGUGAGAAGAACAGCAGUGGCUGGUGGUUUUGCAAGGUCCUGACUGGGGGUCCGUGCUGGGAGGGCUGGAUCCCUUCCAAUUACCUACGGAAGAAGCCAUAG